AUGGCAGGAGGAGAGAGAAGAAGGGAGCUCGUGGUGGCCAGCCAGACUAUACGUCCCCGCGGCGCCGUUGGCGGUUGCAGCACCCCCGGCAGUAGAUUGGAUCCCUGGCGGAAUCCUGGUUCCUUCCUCCCCUCGACCCCUGGGCCACCAAGGAUCGACCAGGGGCCACCGGAUAACGGUAGCGGUGCUUUUCAUCAGUUCUAUAGUCCGAAGAAUAAUCGUAACGCAAAUAGCUCGUCGCAGCAGCAGUCUCAACAUCAGCAGCAGCGUCACUCGAUUCACAGACAGUGCCAACAGCAAGCGAACCAACAGGCGAUCGCGGCGAAGAACGUUUGCGCGAACUACAGCAUCGCCUCUAGCUCGUCUUCUCUGUGUUCGUCGUCGAGCCUCGGUCACGUGGAUACGGUAGCACGAGCUACCGAUGCCGUAGUUUCACCUAACAGCGCAUACGGCAUCGCCUCCUCGUCACCGGAACCUCCUACAGCCGGUAAUCUCAUCCUUUCCACGCUUCUCACCAGCACCACGUCCUCCGCGGACAAUCGAACCGGCGAAGCGACCUCGCGAAUUACUAAUUCCGGCCACCAGGGUAACGUUUUACCCUCUAACAGCACGCACUACGUCGGCAACAACACUGUUGCGUCCGCGGAUUCAUUGAACGGGAUCUUAUCGUCUCUAAACGUUCGGAUCAAAACGGAGGAGUAUCCGAAAAUACGGUCGGAGGAACGGAGAGCGACGCUGUCUUCGUCCUCCAGCUUCAACGCUUCUUUACUCAGCUCGUUGCUGUCCACCUCGCGUAUCUCGACGGCCAGCUGCCGAAACGACACCAACGAGGAGGUGAUACUCUCGAGAUCGUGCAAUCAGCUUGAGUUUCCGUCUCCGGGCGCGCAGCAAGCGAGCCAGGAGCAACAGCACGAGGAACAGGCUACUGUGCGUAGCAUCAAGGUAGAGUACCCGCAGCAAGACGUUCUGGACACCGGUGAGGAAGAAGAACUAGCUGCCACGUCGCCGUACGAUAUUAUCGUCGGGAGCCAGCCUAGGUGCUUGUCGAAGCAGACUAGUAAGAAAGACGCGAUCGUGCCACCCUGUCCUCCGUGUGUAUCGCCAACCUCGGAUAUCGUGAUCGAGAUGAAGUAUGAAACACAGUCGGGUCCACCGCCGGCGCCGCCUCACUUGACCUCGUCCGGGGUCGAGCCACCACAUAGCAGCCAAGGGACGGGUAUCGUCGUCGGUGGAUCACCCGCAGAAGUUGUCGGCGUGGACAGUCUACUGCUGUCGCCAUGGGGAGCGACCGGGCCAGAUUUCCUCGAGCCUCCCGACGUGAAGCAAACGGCAGCUGGUCUGCAGGACGCGUGGGACACUCUUCUUCUUGGCUCGUCGGUCGGUGUUACCUCGGCGCAAUCGUUGGCGGAAUUGAAGCCCCUUCCGCCGUUCACAGGGUACACAGGUCACCUGAGUAUCAACGGGAUUCCUGGCCACCAUUAUCACACGAUAGCGUCGUCCGCGCAGAGGCCAUCGUUACCCUCGUCCUCGCCUACGUCCUCCUCGAACCAAGAGUAUUACGAGUCUCCAGUCGUGUCCUCUAGUACACCUUGCCCGCAAGGCACCCAAAAGCAACAGCAACAGCAGCAGCAACAACAACAGCAGCAUCACCAACACCAGCAACAACCGCAGCAGCAGCAUCAACAGCACCAUCAGCAGCAACAGCUGCCGCAGUCGACGCAGCAAGUCGACUAUGACAUCGAAGACAUAGCGGAGAUCAUUGGAUCUGCGAUAGCAGACACGACGGUCCCUGGCGGUGGAAAUGGGCCGGGGUCGGAGCACGAUCCGGACGCAUCGCGCGACUGGAUCGACAUUGCUGAAUGGAUCGACACCGCGUGUUCUCCGAAGGCCCAGGAAACCAGCUCGCCCAGCCCGUAUUCACAGAUAUACGCCACGGCGACGCCUUCGACUCAGGCGCAGCAGCACGGCUCGACCCUGCAGAGUCUGUUGACGCAUGGAUACGCGCCCUUAUUGAACGCCAGGUUACAAUCGGCGAACGCCGGCAGCCUUCAGAACGCGUCCUGCGGCGAGACCCCCUCGUCGACUAGCCCGUAUCCACCUGUCAGUCCACCUGGCAGAGUCUCAACCUCGUGCAGCCCCGAUCACCUGUUACACUCGUCGUUCGCCGCGCCCUCCCAUCCCAGGAAAAGGUCACGGCCAACCCCUGGCUCGCAGAAUCCAUCAAAGAAGAGUCCCGGCACCGGGGCAACCGCGCUACCCUACGGUACGGAGUCCGGGCUGAUCGGCGGAAAGGAGAAGCCAGUGCACAGGUGUUCGAUUUGCAACCGAGGUUUCCUCAACAAGAGCAACAUCAAGGUGCACCUGAGAACGCACACGGGCGAGAAACCGUUCAGGUGCGAGGUCUGUGGCAAAGCGUUCAGGCAGAAGGCGCAUUUGAUCAAACACCAGCAGAUUCACAAGAGGAUCGGCAGGGAUUAA